AUGUUUGAUCUAAAUCCACUGUUAGCAAUUCGGCAGGCCAUCAGGCAAGCGCCUCUGCUAGGAGUUACCGCUGCAGCGGCCUCCCUCGCUCUAUAUGUACAGAUUCGACCAACUCUUAGCGAUGUGCAACAUCUUCCUGAAGAGCAGACGAUUACGCGGGCUAGGACUCGUGUGGAAGCAGGCAAAGGCCAACGAUCAGCGGAUGCGAAGGCCCCGGAGGAUGAGCUGCCGUACUCGAUGGAUGCCUUUCCUGGAGGAAGACAGUUCAACACUAUAUAUGGAACAAUUCAAGUGUUUGAAUGGGGCCCUGAAAAUGGGGAGAAAGUCUUGAUGAUGCACGGUCUCAGCACUCCGUGUAUAGCAUUGGGUGAUAUGGCGAAAGAAUUUGUCAAAAAGGGCUACAGAGUCAUGAUUUUUGACUUCUUUGGCAGAGGCUACUCAGAUACGCCAAAUGACUUGAAACAUGACGCUCGGCUUUACACUACUCAGAUUCUGCUUGUUCUCUCAUCUUCGCCGCUGUCCUGGACUGGAUCGUCUGCCUUCCAUAUUGUCGGAUUUUCUCUCGGCGGGUCAGUGGCUGUAGCAUUCGCUGCCUACCACGCGAGUAUGCUUCGGUCUGUUACCCUCAUCUGCCCGGGAGGGCUAAUCCGUACAUCGCACAUAAGCCCCCGAAGCCAAUUUCUCUACUCGUCAGGCAUAAUACCAGACUGGUUUCGCCUAAGGAUCCUCCAUAGCAGCCUGGAGCCGAGAAAUGGCGCACCGAGGAGUGCAGACGUCCCCGAACAGGUCAAGGACGCUGAAGUCGACUUUGACGACGUGCCUAUUGCAGCUGAUCGACAUGGUGUGAGAAUCGGCGAUGUGGUUCGAUGGCAGUUAAAGAACAAUGAUGGAUUUGUCUCUUCUUACUUGAGCUCCCUGCGUAGCUCUCUCGUCUUCAGACGCCAUGAUAGAAUCUGGAGAGUGCUUGCGGAUGAACUACGGCGACGACGAACAACGAAUGCACCACCGGGUCUACCGAGUGGGCGUAUCUGCCUCAUUAUCGCGGAGAGUGAUGCUAUUGUUGUAAAGGACGAGUUAGUAGAAGAUGCUGAAGCGCUUCUCUGUAGAGAGUCUGUUGACAUGAGAGUUUUGAAGGGGGGUCAUGAGAUUGCCGUGUCGCGUGGUAAAGAUGUGGCAUCAAUAGCAAUGGAAUCUUGGGAUAGAAAACAUUAG